GCGCUGCGGCGCUGCCGUGACGUCAUCGUCGCGACGAGGGGGCGCACGUUGGGCCCCGGGCCCGUCCAGGCCGCCAUGACCAAGCUGGGGCAGUGGUUGUGUGGACUCGCCCUGCUGGGCUCGGCCUGGGCCGCCGUGGCGCUGGCGCCGCCGGGGUUGCAGCUGCCGGCCCCGCUCCAGCAGGCCCUGCUGCCCCUGCCGCUCUACCUGCUGGUGGCCUUUGGCUGCUACUCCCUGGCUACCGUGGGCUACCGUCUCGCCACCUUCAACGACUGCGAGGAGGCGGCCGCCGAGCUGCAGGAGCACAUCCGCGCGGCGCGGGCGGACCUGCGCCGGCGGGGCCUGCGCUUCUGAUCCCAAUAAAGCUGCGGACGGCG